UGGAAAAGAGAAACUCGGCAAUCGCAACUUGGUUCUGUACCCACCUUACAGAGGUGUUAUGAUUAAACCCGAAGGGACAAUGAGCCAAGUUUUGACGCUUUUCAAGUAUCCGCUUGCCCACCUUUAUAUAAGGAACUUUCCUCACCAUCUGUAUCAUCCGUCAUCAUGAGUGCCCUUACCACCCCUUCACCUCACUUGUAUCCUUUGUACUGCUUGAGCAGAUAUAAGCCAGCAAAGACUUGCCUCUAGCGUACCUCAACUAGGCAGACUACAGCAAUGAGUGGUAAAAUCGUCAACGUUGCACUUGCUGGGGCCACCGGUAACCUCGGGCCCGCCGUCCUGGAACAGCUGGUGGCUGCGGGCUUCCAAGUUACCGUCUUGACCCGCAGCGGCGGCACCGCGCACAGCUUCCCAGCCUCGGUGCGCGUCUCGCAGGUCGACUACAACUCUCUCGACUCGCUUGUAGCCGCGCUGCGCGGCCAGGACGCCGUCGUGUCUACACUCCCACCCUCCCCCUUCACCACGCAGGAAGUUCUGGUGGAAGCCGCCUCGCGGGCCGGCGUGAAGCGCUUCAUCCCGAGCGAGUUCGGCUCCAACACGGUGGUCCCGAAAACCGCCGCGUUGCCCGCGUACGCCGAGAAGACGGCUGUGCAGAAAGCCCUCCGGGAGAAGGCGGCGGGUGAUGGCGGCAUGACGUACACGCUCGUGCUGAACGGGCCGUUCCUGGACUGGGGCAUCAAGGUGGGCUUCGUGCUGGGCCUCAAGGACCGGCAUGUGAAGCUCUACGACGGCGGCGAGCGUGUCUUCAGUACGACGACGCUUGCCACCGUGGGCAAGGCUGUCGCCGCCGUGCUGAGCAAGCCCGACGAGACCAGGAACAGGCCCGUCUACGUGCAGGACACGGCGAUUACGCUGAAGAAGCUGUACGAGAUGGGCAAGAAAGCGACGCCCGGAGAGGUGUGGACGGAGGAGGUGGUAGAUACCGAUAAGCUCGUAGCCGAGGCCUGGGAGGUGCUCGAUUUUGACAAGGAUCCAUCACAGACAGACUAUGUGAUGAAGUUCAUUGCUGCUGCAAUCUGGGGCGAUGGUUACGGAGCACACUUUGACAAGACGAAUAAUGAGCUCCUCGGCAUCAAGGAACUGACCGACGAUGAGGUGCAGGCGAUUGUCAAUCGCUAUGCUUAGGGUUGGAGGGUUGGUUGAGUAUAGACGUGAUAUCUAGUAAACUGGAUAGAUUUGAACCCCGGC